CUUGAAAACACCAGCACGGCACAGCACAGCAAAGCGAAGUAAGGCCUAUAAUAACACAACACAAACUCAUUAGCUAGCUAGAUUGAGCUAAAGAAACAGAGAGGCAAUGGAGAGAGGAAGUGGGUUUGGUUCACCCAUGAUGGUGGCAUUGGCAGUGCUUGUUUUUGCCAUGGUGGUGAUGGUACCUGAAGUGUCUGCAACUAGAUGGACAGUUGGAUCUAACAUGGGUUGGACUAGUAAUGUCAACUACACUAUUUGGGCUCAAGGGAAGCAUUUCUACAAUGGUGACUGGCUCUUUUUCGUGUAUGAUAGGAACCAAAUGAAUAUUUUAGAGGUGAACAAGACAGACUAUGAGUUGUGCAACUCUGAUCAUCCUCUUCACAAUUGGACCAGGGGAGCUGGAAGAGACGUGGUUCCACUGAACGUCACUCGCAAUUACUAUUUCAUUAGUGGCAAGGGGUUCUGCUAUGGAGGCAUGAAGCUAGCUGUCCAUGUAGAAAACCCACCUCCCCCACCCACUGCUUCCCCACUAAAUGAGAAGAGUGGCUCUCCAAGUUCCAUUUUCAGAAGCCAGUAUGUUCUACCGACUGUUUUCGCCAUUGGUGCACUAUGGGAUGCAUUCGUCCGGUUCUGGUAGCCCCAUUGUUCCAACAUUUCUAUGCUUUGAUUUAAGAAUGUCCACAUUGCCUUCAGCUUUUCCUUAAACCAAAUUGUGAAAGGAAAUGGAGUCUUCUUUAAUUUAUUUUUCCCUUUUUUUUGUUGGGGUGUUGUUUUAUUUAUGAUAGUUUACUCAAAAUUGGAUGUCUUGAUGCAAGUUAGUCCACGGUUUUGUUUGAAUUUUUUUCUUAACGUGUUGAGAGUCUGUUAACUGAAACACCAAGGCAUUGUUUUAUGCCAUGUAUGAAACUCUAUGGGGCCACUUUCCAUGUGGUUGAUGACCUAAUUUAUGUGAAAAUGGCCACUGAUUACGGGAGCUGGAUUGAUGCA